AUGCUACAGCCAAUAUUUGAGGCCGCCACGGCAUGCCGACAAAAGUUUGACCGUCUUCGGGACUCUGAACGCUACGACCGCGACGUUGACUUCGCCGUCUGGCUCCAGCGACGAUACAUAGAUUUCAAUCUCUGGUCGCACAGCUCUGGCUCGCUCGCCGAGGGCCGCUACAGCCUUGACGAGAAGCUACACCUCCGCGAGUCACUGCAAUCGACGCUCAGCAAUCUCUUAUGGAUCCUGGACAGCCUUCUUGCCAACAAAGACCAGUUCCUGCACCCAGGGCAGAAUCUAGCUCGUCGGGACGUGGAGGACACUCUGAGCGAUGUCGUGACGCUCACCGCGACGGCGCGUAACGCGCUGCCGUGCUCCUCGAUUUGGACUAUGGACAACGCGAAUAUCGACUCGUCGCUGCGCAAGGAGUUGGAUGACUUCAAGGAGGAAAUGAGUCAGACGCGUGGCGCUUCCGCAGACGACGGCCAAACAUCGACGGAGGAGCCGACACAAGCCUUGCGCAAUCGCCGGGAUCACUCAACCGCUCAUGUCAUGAGCCAACAGAUCCGCGAUCGAUUGAUCGAUGCGAAUGUGAAGCGUCGUGCCCGCUUUGUACUGGCGAGGACGAAAUGGGAGAAAACGAAGCAACCAAAAGUAGCAGAUAUCGCCACGACCUGGCCACCACGAUCGGCAUUCAUGCUGCCCGCUCCCCCAGUCGUAUCUGCUUCGUCGACAAACUUUGGCUGUCCAUAUUGCUACGAUUCUCUUCCUGCCUACUUUGCUGAAGCACAUGCUUGGCGGGAGCACAUCACCGCUGAUCUAGCCCCGUAUACUUGCCUGAUCCCAGGCUGUCCACAGCCUCUCUCCUUCUAUGCGACAAGGAAAAAAUGGCUUGAUCACAUGUUGAAUGAUCCUCAUGGGGUCACAAACUCACAAGAACACAUUCAGUAUUGGCCAUGUCCGCUAUGCGAGGAGAAGUUCCAUGACAACGGGUCGCGCAUAAAACAUCUGGAAGACAAGCAUACCGCGGAGCUCCAAAAGUUGGGUGUUUCAGCUUCGAGUUCGGUGCAACUUGACCCUGCACCGAUCAUCGACAUGGAUGCUUUCACUACGUGCCCAGUGUGUCCUCUGGUUGGAGGGUCUCAAGAGCACUAUAAGUGUAAGCGAUCAACGAAAAUACAGGAGAAUGGCGCCGAUGACAAGAAAUCUAAUGAGGAAGCAUGGAGAGAUUUCGUGGAUCAUGUUGCGUGGUGUCUGGAAGCUUUUUCGAUGAAAGCAAUGGAAAGCCCUGUCAACGACAAUCCAGUUCUCCCUGGAACAUUUCCUCGCCAAACAGUUACGGAACUUGACGCAUCACCUUUGGUGGUGACAGUCAAGCCGCCUCCUACACAGUCAGUGCUUGGCAACAUCCUCGCCUCCGCUCCUUCUCGCUGGCUGAAGCCGUUUCGAAAGGCUCGGCCACAGUCCAUCCGGGAAGGUUCCGAUCCUCUGCUUUUAAACAACACGGACGCGGCUGUAUCAUCCAGCGUACCGCACAUGCGCAAGCAUCCUUCGUCCAUGAUCACCGAAUAUCACCCUUCCUCGUUGUCAGGGUCGGGCGACAUAUCGUUAUCUGCAUCAGCGGCAAUUCUCAAUUCAUCUCCGGCACAAAAGGCGAGUAUUGCAUUCUACCUGAAAGCCUACACCUCUUACGAGGGAUUGGUAUCCGGAUCAUCGGUGCCACAAUGGCAUAUGAGGAACGCCUUGGAAGCGAUACGCGGAGUGAUGAGUAUUCCAGUCAAUUGA